GUGGUCUCAAAUAAUUCACUUCCUGAUGGUUUAUUGAUAGUCGCUUUAUUUUUUAUUUUGAAAGCCGGAAACGCGGACAUUCGUUAUGCUUUUACCUUGAUGGACAUCGGUUUAGUCUGCAGCUCAUUUUAUUGACACAAGAUGACGGACAUGAGCUGGGCGGUGCGGUUAUCGCUGCUGGGGCUCCUGGUGGUCCCGCAGCUCGGCGGCGCUGCGGCCCGCAGUACCCCCGGGGCUGGCCAGGUGUCCGAGGCCGACAUCCAGCGUCUCCUGCACGGCGUCAUGGAGCAGCUGGGCAUCGCUCGGCCCAGGGUGGAGUAUCCAGCCCACCAGGCCACCAACAUCGUCGGUCCGCAGAGCAUACAGGGCGGUGCUCACGAGGGGCUGCAGCACCUUGGUCCUUACGGGAAUAUUCCCAACAUUGUCGCAGAGCUGGCAGGGGACAAUGUUCCCAAAGACUUCAGUGAUGAUCACAGCUACCCGGACCCCCCAAACCCUUGUCCCCUCGGAAAGACGGUAGCUGACGGGUGUAUGGAAAACGCUCCAGACACAGCCGAGUUCAGCCGGGAGUUCCAGAAGCACGGACACUUGUAUGAUCCGGGAAACCAGUACCCAGCUCUGAUGAAGUGGAAUAAGGAACUUCUGUACCAAAAACUGAAGGGCGGCGCAAAGCGGAGAAAAAGGAGCGUCAGCAACCCUUACCUGAUGGGCCAGAGGCUGGACAAUGUGGUGGCCAAGAAAUCUGUCCCCGACUUCUCGGAGGAAGAGGAGGCGUCGACCAUGCCUGCAAGCACCAAACCCACAAGUUAAAUUCAAAUAUAGUUUUGGUUACAAUUGAAGCAGUCCAAAAAAAUCUUUGAGAAUAAGGCAACGAGUUUAUUUUGAUCAUAUGUCAACUGGCUAGGUUAGAAUUUAUAUCAAAAAGUGUUUAUUCAUAAUGAUGGAGAUGAACAUAAAACCCUAUAAGCAGAUAUCUUGAAUAUAAACAGGGGUGUCCUGAUCCGAUAUUGAUAUCAGCAAUAAAUGGAAUAUCGGUCCGCGUGUAAAAUGCGCACAGCUGGGCAGCCAGUUAACGUCUAAACGUCCUCCAGUAAACACAAUUUGAGAUUUUUUCGGAUUUUAGUCAAGUCAUUUACAAAAGGUAAACAUGGUAGCCUAUAUGUUACUAGGAGGUAGCAGCUACACAACAGCUAAGCACACAAUAACAUGCAAGCUAGAUGUGCGAAAUGUGUUCUGUAUUUAACAAUAUUGCAGUCUAAAACAGAGCAUUUGUCAAUAUAAACAAGUACAAACUAAUUAUAGUUGAGUGUCACUUAUCAAGUCUCCAAGGCAGAUAUCAGAAAAUAUCCAGUAACAAACAUGUCAGCAUCAUUCAACUUUCAGCGUCAUGAGCUAAACAUAGGGUUGUGUUUCUCAAGUAUUUUCUGUUAGGUCGCCCUUUGGAUGAAGAAAACAUUCCGCGCUUGUAUCAUUUGUCUUUAAAAUUGCUGUAGGUACAUCUCAGCAUAACAUUGUAUUCUUAAUAACAUAAAAAAAUAUAUAUAUAUAGGUCAACGUGCAACACAUUUUAACUUUUUUGACAUUGUUUAAAAAAAAAGUAAUACUUAUUUAAACUAUACAUUUUCUAUGACCAUUUGAGCCAUUUGAUACUAAAAAAUAAAGUCAAUAAUUAAAAAAAAUAAAUUCACAUUAAUCCGGGUGUACAACUAACACAACACAUUUGUAAAACACCUUGCUGAUUUAAAAAAAUAAUCAAAACCAAAUAAUCUAAAGUCAGCAUUAAUGGCUACAACAAGCACGUUUAGCAGUGCACAGCUUUUUGAAGAAAGCGUGAUACUGAUAAAGCACGUGACCCCAAUGGCAUCCCACUUAAAUAAAUAUUGUGGCCAGUAGGUGUCGCCAAAAACAACACUUUAAUUUAAAGACAGCAUAAAUCAAUUCCUGCAUGGUUAAUAGUAAAUAUACUAGUGUUUUUCAUACCUACCAUUGUUUUGUGUGUAUAAUUACACUUAAACCUUUGUACAACUUUCCACACUACAAAAUACUACAUAAGAUUCCUGCUGAUGCCGAAUCGGAUCAGUAUCGGCCGUUACUGAGAGCUCCAACAGCGGUAUCGGAAGUGAAAAAUUUGUAUUGGGACACCCUUAAAUUGUACAGUAUAGAUUACUUCAACAGUGGCUGUAAAGAGAUUAAAAUACUCAUUUUGAUUAUGUGUUUGUCUUGAAAAAAGUUAUUACAAAGUAUAUUAAACCUUUGCAAAAUUAAA